GCCCCCAGCCGCGCGGGACGCCUGUUAUAACCGCGGCUCGCCAGCGCCCCGGAAGCUGCCCCUUCUCGGGGGUCAUGAUGGGCAGCAAGAUGGCGUCUGCCAGCAGGGUCGUUCAGGUAGUCAAGCCACAUACUCCAUUAAUAAGGUUCCCUGACAGAAGAGACAAUCCUAAACCAAAUGUAUCAGAAGUUCUACGAUCAGCAGGACUACCAUCUCAUACUUCCUCAAUUUCGCAGCAUUCUAAGGGAAGUAAAUCGCCAGACUGGCUGAUGCAUCAGGGUCCACCAGACACUGCAGAGAUAAUAAAAACUUUACCUCAGAAAUACAGAAGGAAACUUGUGUCUCAAGAAGAAAUUGAAUUUAUCCAACGUGGAGGUCCGGAAUAAUCACUGACAAUGAUGCUGCAAUGAGAAGAGACAAUGAGACUCUUCUUUUAGAAGAGUCUUUCUAAAAAAGGACUUCCAGAAUGACAAAUGAAAAAUUGUAUAUUAAACAACUUUAAUAAAUAUUCUGUAAAAAGAAAAAAAAAGAUGAAGUAUAAAAAAUUUAGAUGGACACUUAUAUCUCCUAAUUUAUGUAUCUUGGUCAGCUUCUCUAGAAGCUUACCUGAUUGUUUAUAUACUUUAUACCUUAAUUAAAGUAUACAUUUUAAAAUGUUA